CGGCGAUUUCUGCGAUUCAGUCGACCUCCUUUGCCUUUGACCUUUCACUCCUUACCCCCGUCACCUCGUGCAAGAUCCGCGGCCAAUUGCAGCCAGGCGAUCGGUUCCGAAAGAACUUCUCCGCGCACCCCUACGUCAUCUCGUCGCAAACGUCACACCCUACGACCUGUCGUUCUAUAUCCACCUAUCUCAGGAAGAAAAGAGAAUCAGCUACAAUGGCAGCGCCCGUCCGCAUCACCGUCCUCAUAUCCGGAAACGGCUCCAACCUACAGGCGGUCAUUGACAAGACGAGCUCCGGCGAGCUCCCCGCAACCAUUGUCCGCGUCAUCUCGAACCGCAAGGAUGCCUACGGCCUCGAGCGCGCCCACAAGGCCAACAUCCCGACCCAAUACCACAACCUCGUGAAGUACAAGAAGCAAUAUCCCUCGACGCCCGAGGGCGUCCAGCAGGCGCGGGAAGCCUACGAUGCGGAAUUGGCGCGGCUGGUGCGGGCUGACAGCCCGGAGCUGGUCUGCUGUCUCGGCUUCAUGCACGUGCUCUCGCCGAGGUUCUUGAAUCCGCUGGAGGAGGCGAAAAUCCGGAUCAUUAACCUCCAUCCUGCCUUGCCCGGGGCGUUUAACGGAGCCAAUGCCAUUGAGCGGGCUCACGCCGCUUGGCUAGAAGGCAAGAUCGACAAGACCGGCGUGAUGAUCCACAACGUGAUCUCGGAGGUCGACAUGGGCAAGCCGAUUCUGGUGCGAGAAAUCCCCUUCGUCAAGGGGGAGGAUGAGGACCUAGAAAAAUUCGAAGAGAAGGUCCAUCGGAUCGAGUGGGAGGUUGUGAUUGAGGGCGUGCAGCUCACGAUCAAGGAGAUCAGAGGAUGAUUCCAUUCAGUCUAUCAUAAUAUGACAGGGGCUAUUCGAACCAAAACCAAAAAUUUGCAUGAAACUUAAGAUGAUGAUUUAAUGAUCUCAAUACACAGGAAAUGCCUCAAGGGACUGUGGAAAUUGAAAAGGAACGGUAGGUUCCGUUCGUUGAUUUUACAGUCCAACAGUCCAAUUCAAAAUGAAGGAUGAUUCUGCAUGACGAUGGGAACUAAUCAGAGCACAGGAAGUCAUGGUACGAUGCAGAAAACAAAACGAAGAUGAAAUUAGAAAAAAAGGGAUGGGUGGAUGAUCUCGAAUGGCG